AUGGCUUUCCAUGUGGAAGGACUGAUAGCAAUCAUCAUAUUUUACCUUCUAAUAUUGCUGGUUGGAAUAUGGGCUGCCUGGAAAACCAAGAACAGUGGCAAUGCAGAAGAGCGCAGCGAAGCCAUAAUAGUUGGUGGCCGAGACAUUGGUCUGCUGGUGGGUGGCUUCACCAUGACAGCCACUUGGGUUGGAGGUGGUUACAUCAACGGAACAGCUGAAGCAGUGUAUGUACCAGGCCAUGGCCUAGCUUGGGCUCAGGCACCAAUAGGAUAUGCUCUUAGCCUGGUUUUAGGUGGUCUGUUCUUUGCAAAGCCCAUGCGUUCCAGGGGAUACGUGACAAUGUUAGACCCGUUUCAGCAGAUCUACGGAAAGCGCAUGGGUGGGCUCCUAUUUAUUCCUGCACUCAUGGGCGAAAUGUUCUGGGCAGCAGCCAUUUUCUCGGCCCUAGGAGCCACUAUCAGUGUGAUCAUUGACAUUGAUGUACAUGCUUCUGUCAUCGUUUCUGCACUCAUCGCCAUUCUGUAUACCCUAGUAGGGGGCCUCUACUCCGUGGCCUAUACUGAUGUUGUUCAGCUCUUUUGUAUUUUCAUAGGACUGUGGAUCAGUGUCCCUUUUGCACUAUCACACCCUGCAGUUAGUGACAUUGGGUUCACGGCUGUGCACGUCAAAUACCAGAAGCCUUGGCUGGGUACCAUUGAAUCAUCGGAAGUCUACACUUGGCUUGACAGUUUUCUGUUGUUGACGCUGGGUGGAAUCCCAUGGCAAGCCUACUUCCAGAGGGUUCUCUCUUCAUCCUCAGCUACCUAUGCUCAAGUGCUGUCCAUCCUUGCAGCUUUUGGGUGCUUAGUUAUGGCUCUACCAGCCAUACUUAUUGGGGCUAUUGGUGCAUCGACAGAUUGGAACCAGACUACAUAUGGGUUUCCAGAUCCCAAGACUAAAGAAGAAGCAGACAUGAUUUUACCAAUUGUCCUGCAGUAUCUUUGCCCUGUGUACAUUUCUUUCUUUGGUCUUGGUGCAGUUUCUGCUGCUGUAAUGUCAUCAGCAGAUUCUUCUAUCUUAUCAGCAAGUUCAAUGUUUGCUCGAAAUAUAUAUCAGCUUUCAUUCAGACAAAAUGCAUCAGACAAGGAAAUUAUUUGGGUCAUGAGAAUCACGAUAUUUGUGUUUGGAGCUUCUGCAACAGCCAUGGCCUUGCUAACAAAGACAGUGUAUGGGCUCUGGUACCUCAGCUCAGACCUCGUGUACAUCAUCAUCUUCCCACAGCUGCUCUGUGUGCUCUUCAUCAAGGGAACCAAUACAUAUGGAGCUGUGGCAGGUUAUGUUUCUGGCCUAUUCCUGCGAAUAACUGGUGGGGAGCCAUACCUGUACCUGCAGCCCUUAAUCUUUUACCCUGGUUACUACCCUGAUAAGGAUGGUAUAUAUAAUCAGAAGUUCCCAUUUAAAACCCUAGCUAUGGUUACCUCAUUUUUAUCCAACAUUUGUUUUUCUUAUCUAGCCAAAUAUCUAUUUGAAAGUGGAACCUUGCCACCAAAACUAGAUGUAUUUGAUGCUGUUGUUGCAAGGCACAGUGAAGAAAACAUGGAUAAGACAAUUCUAGUCAAAAACGAAAAUAUUAAAUUAGAUGAACUUGCACCUGUGAAGCCUCGACAGAGCAUAACUCUCAGCUCAACUUUUACCAAUAAAGAGGCCUUUCUUGAUGUUGAUUCCAGUCCAGAAGGAUCUGGGACUGAAGAUAAUUUAUAA